AUGAAUUUGUGUGUAAACUGUAAACUAGGCACAAGCUUUCUGUCUUCUAUUGAAUGCUCAAAUGAGGCUCAUACCGCCAAGUUCAUAUUUGAGUACGUGGAUAAAUAUAUUCAAGAAGUUGGAUCAAACAAUGUUAUCCAGGUGGUGACGGAUAAUGCCUCAAAUAACAUGGCUGCAGCGAAGCUAUUGAGAGAAAAAAGACCACAUAUAUUCUGGACUUCAUGUGCUACACAUACACUGAAUCUUAUGCUUGAGGCCAUAGAAUUUCCAGCUUUUUGUGCUCUGCUUUGGUCCAUUUUAUGUGCUGCUUUAGUCCAUUUUCUGUACAGUUUUUGUGCCCUGUUUUCUGCACUGGUUUGCUGCUGUUUAAGUCCAUUUCCUGCAGGAAAAACUCCAAAAUUCAAGUUUGUGAUUGACAAAGCAAAGGCUCUGACCAUUUUUAUCUAUGCGCACCAUAAGACCUUGGCCUUGAUGAGAAAGUAUACUAAUAAAAGAGAUAUUGUGAGGCCGGGAGUUACACGAUUUGCAAGUUCUUUUCUUACCAUGCAAAGUAUAUUGGAGAAAAAAGAAAAGCUGAAAUUUAUGUUUCUCUCGGAGGAAUGGGGUCAGUGCAAAUUCUCAACUAGUGCUAAAGGUGUGGCUUCUUAUGCGACAAUUGUUAAUCAAUCCUUUUGGACUAAUCUUGCAAUGUGUUUUGAGUUGUUCAAACCUUUAGUAAAGGUUCUAAGACUUGUUGACGGAGAUUGGCGUCCAUCUAUGGGUUUUGUAUAUGGUGAACUCAAAGAUGCCAAGAAAGAAAUUAUUAAACUUUGUAAAGAUACAAAAGAGAUAUACGAGCCCAUUAUCCAAAUCAUAGACUCGAGGGCUAAGGACCGACUUGAUAGUCCUUUACACUUAGCCGGCUACUUGUUAAAUCCUUAUUACUACUAUCGAGAUGACGAGGCACAAAAAGAUCCGGCAUGUAUGACAGCUAUUUUAACAUGUGUUGAAGCAUUCUUCCCGGAUAAUUUUCAUGUCCAGCACCUGGUUUCUAAUAUUGAGUUGCUGAAAUAUAAAGGAAUGGAGGGAAUGUUUGGAAAAAAAUUAGCAAAAAUGGGUAGAAUGACCAAUAAUGAUACUUUUGAUAUUCAUACCAAAAAGAGGAAUAGAUUAGAUGCGGCAAGAAUGAGCCAUCUAGUAUAUGUGCAAUUUAAUUCAAAACUUUUCAACAAGAAAAAGAAAAUGAAAGAAAAAUAUGAUGUAUUGAUAGCUAAUGAUGCUAGCAUGGCUCAAGGAUGGAUAGUUGAAGGGGGUGAUGAUGAAGAAGAGCUUUCCCAAGAUUCUAACAUCACAAGUGAGGAAAUUGGUACUGAAGUAACUAGAAGGAAUGUUCGAGAACUUGAUGAAGAAGAUUUCGAAUUAGAAGAUGAAACUAAUGACAAUGAAAAUCUCACAUUUGAUUUUGAGGAUUAUGAUCAACAGGGAUGGUGA